AUGACAUUCUUAUCGACAAUGCAAACAUUAUCUUCACGCUUCCUACGGAAUUUUAAAUUUUAUGAAAUUUAUCAACAAAAAGAACAAUGGCACACUUGUAUGUUAAGAAAAAUGGAAUCGGAAGUGGAGAAAGCCCAGAAAGCCGGUCCGGAGAGUGAUACAAUUUUCGGAAAAAUUAUCCGCAAAGAAAUACCUGCGACCAUCGUUAUAGAGGAUGACGAUGUUCUGGCUUUUCAUGAUAUUAGUCCGCAGGCACCAGUACAUUUUCUGGUAAUACCCAAAAAACCUAUCGCGAUGCUACAAGACGUUAAAGAUCAGGACGAGGUUUUACUUGGAAAACUGCUGGUAGUAGCAGCUAAAGCAGCAAGUAAAUUAGGGUUAAAAGAUGGUUAUCGGGUGGUUAUCAACAAUGGAAAGCAUGGAUGCCAGAGUAUUUAUCAUCUUCAUGUUCAUGUGCUUGGCGGACGUCAGCUUGGUUGGCCACCAACAUAA